UGAGAUCAGCAGAAUUGCGACUUGCCCUCCCAGCUUCGCUAUUUCCCUUUUGUUCAAGUAAGGACUCAGACGAGACGAGCCAGAAGCACACGAUGAAUAUGUCACGCCCACGUAGCAACACUUCUUUGCGCAUCAAACCCAAUAAAGAAUGCAAUCCAGAUAGUUUCGGCAGUGAUGACUCGCUUUUCGAUGACUUUUUGGAAGCUGGCAAAGCCACAGAUUGGACAACCAUGGAUCAUAUAUCAUCUCCGGCGAGUGGGAAUAAAACACAGGAACCCCCGAGCAAGAAGAGCAAAAGAUCCAAGGAGGCAAAGGGUGCACACAAAGCGGAAGAGCCAACCCAGCUUGGAAAUGGUAGAUGGAGCUGCAACCAUAGGUGCAAAGACAAAACAAUGUGCAAGCACCUCUGUUGUCGGGAAGGGCUUGAGAAACCCCCAAAGCUGAACAGAAAGCACUCUACUGGAGGGAUAGACCGCUCAAACGGACUCAGUCAAAUGACGUUAUCUGCAAGUAUCACCAAGAACAGCACAAAGAUGAAUAAUCCCGGUAAACCACGGGUUCGAGAGGACAGUAGGCCUGACAAUGGGUCACAAGAAAUGCUACAAAAGCCCUCUCAAGAAUCAGAGAUAGGUUUGAGAGGUGCUGCUUGUGAAGACCCAAUAUGUCCUGGCUCUAAUACUAAGGACUCGUCGAGCGACUAUGGAGAUGACAGCUUCAGUGAUUUGCCUUCACCGUCUGGUUUGCUCCUUGGCCACACUACUGGAAAGACAGACCGGGAUGACCAGACCACCAGCAAAGAGACCUGCUUAGAGAAAAAUGUCAAAACAAAAGAUGAUUGGAUUUACGCAGAUGAGCGAUGGUUUACACUAUCAUCCUCACUUCCUGACUCGCGUUUGCAAGGUAAAGAUGUAACCACUACCGAGGCCGCAGGGACCUUCACGGAAUCUGUGGGUGAACCAAGGACAUGCAGUUCAAAUGGUGAUCAAGGGGCCAAGUAUAACAACCAAGCCACUACUGAGAUGAGAGAGGUUGGACACCUUGGAAAAAAGCGAAGGCGCUCUUUGGCUUCUGGGGACAAAGCUUACGAUAAGAGAAUCAUGAAGAAACAUAUAGACAACCAAGCCACUGAGGCUUCUGCAAGUCAAAGCCAAUACUGCAGUGCUGACACAUCAAGUGGCUACAAUCAGAAUCCCCAGUCCUAUGAGCCUCCUCAUUCACCUGAAAUCUGGGAUGACAUCGAUCCGACUCUGCUAGACGAGUUCAAAGACAUUGUUAGCUUCUUCUAGAGUUGAAGCUAGGCUAAUGGAUAAGCAGUACCUAAUGCAAAUCUUUCCCAAGGGUUGGAGAGACCUACUACUACCCACCAACCUGAGAUAUGGAUACAUAUCCCUUCCAUAUAUAUUAUAGUGUAUUGUUAAGCUAUCCCUUCUACUGAUACAUCCCUAACUACCCAUCAUUGACCUGUGUUUAUGUCUAUCUUUUCGAGAUUGUGAUAGGGAGAACACCCUGGGGAAACCCACUGUAUCUCAAUUAUGUCAUAAAAACAGUGCAUGUUCAAGCAGUGAAUUGAAGAUAAACUCCGUUAAGUCCAGUCUGCAUGGCAACAAAGAUACAAUGUCUCAGUAUCACGUCUCGUCACAGGACAACCUUGUCCCGCCCUCUUCCGUAUUCAGCGCGCACACUUUCUCUGCUAUCACCGCGAGACCAUACUUCCAAGGCUACAUUGUCUCUUUUUUAACGCUUUCUAUGUAGCUUUCUUGUUCAAACUACUUCUUCCUUGAUAUAGGAUUAUCAGGUAUCGUCACCCCAUUGCUGAUUGUUGUUGUUAUUGUCUUUUCGCUUUGUCCUUGUCUCCUUGUCUGCUAUGUUCUGCUUAACGUAGGACAACAGUCACAUCCCUACUAUACUUGUUUGUGUGAGCCUAUGUCUUGUCUAAAGCCUCUGCGCGCCAUGUUUCUACUUCAUAUUUGAUAUGUAGGGAGAUUUC